UUGACCCCCCCCUCCCCCCCCUCCCCUCUACUCUCUUUUUCCUUAUCAGAGCUCUCUUUUGCUGCUUUUUUUUUAGCCCCUACCUCUUCUACUCUAUAUAUAGCAUAUAUAUAUCCUUGUCUUUUUAACCAUCUAGCUUGACCUCCUUGUCCUUUCUCUGAGUCCAAAGUACCUUAUGCGAGUUUGCUCACAACAGUAAAGAUUGUUGGGUUUAGUGUUAACUUGGAAAGGACCUUUGGCACCAUGAAGGAGGGUGGCAGGAAACAAGGUGCACCCUCACCAUGUGCAGCAUGCAAGCUUCUAAGGAGAAGGUGUGCCCAGGAUUGUGUGUUUGCCCCUUAUUUUCCAGCAGAUGAGCCCCAGAAGUUUGCUAAUGUGCACAAGGUUUUCGGUGCUAGUAAUGUCAACAAGAUGUUACAGGAACUACCAGUGCACCAACGAGGAGAUGCGGUUAGCAGCAUGGUGUAUGAGGCGAAUGCCAGGGUGCGCGACCCAGUCUAUGGGUGUGUGGGUGCUAUAUCGUCUUUACAGCAACAAAUUGAUGUCCUGCAGACCCAGUUGGCACUGGCUCAGGCAGAGGUGGUGCACCUCCGAGUGAGGCAGACAGCAACUCUAUCAAACCAUGGGCCAACUCCUGCUAGCCCUGGCAAUAGUGGGUCGCCUUCCUCUAGGCUCAUGGGGUCCCAAAUGAAGCCCAUUUUUGACAUGGAAAUGGCGGACCACACCAGCUUGGGAGAGUCAAUGUGGUCAUGCUAGGGUCUGCAUGCUACCUUUUUAUGUCAUGCCUAGCCUUCCUGCUACUAUAUCUAGGUUGAUUUUGUCUCCUGUGUUUUCAAUCACCCCUUUCUCUUUUCCUUUUUUUUAAUCUUGAUAUCCUCCUCACUAUAUAUCAAUAUGGAUAAAGAGGUAUAGACACUAGUAGUGGCGGUGGUGGUAAUUACUAUUGUGGCGGCGGUGAUAGUAAUAGCGAUGUGGCAGUUGCUUUCAAUUUAGGCUCGCCUUGCUUUCGGAUUAACUAUAAUGUACAUAUAAUUUAACUAUAUAUAUAUAUAUACAGUGAGUAAUUAAUUA